UCCUGCAGCACUAUGUGCUUUAGCUCAGUUGUACAUUAUGAUAACGAUGGAUAUGUUCCUGCAAAUGUCUGUCCGUUUGUGGAUUGCAGCUGGAUUCCUGUCUUUAACUGAAAAGUCUGUGGCUCAUCCUGGCAAUGGUACCUCUACACCAUGUCAAUUUGUUUUUAGAAAUGUCUGCUUUGAAUUUGUUGGGGGUUCCAAAACAUGGUCUGAAGCCAAGAGGAGCUGUGAAAUACAAGGAGGGGAGCUACUGGAGAUGAUGAGCAGCCCGAUCGAAAUGUUCCUGAAGAACGUAACUAGAGAAAGAAACACGGGCAAUUUUACCUGGUGGCUGGGUGAAGGGGUUCAAGGGGAAUACCAGGAACCCACAAUGGACAUUAAUGAUGCUUCAAAAGACAGAUGCACAUACAUGAAGCUGAACCACCUCCAGCUAAUCACUACAUCUGACUGCAGCCAGAGACGAGGCUUCCUCUGCACAUACAAUCCAUCAGAUGAAAAGAUUUCACAAGAACACAGUCACACAACUAGUUCCCGUCUUAAAAGGAGUGUAGAAGCCAUGUGCAUGAAUAAGUCGAACAUAACAGGUCUUGUUAUGGAAGCAGAAAAUGAACUAAGGCGAAUGGAAAUGGAGAGUGGAGAGCCAACAAAUGAAAACAGAGAAAACUUCAUAAAGUAUUUAUUGGAAGGCACUAAAAAUCUGACUUCAGAAUUUGCUUUGGAAAACAAUGUGACUAUUGGGAAGAUUAUCAACUGUAGCUCUGGCAUCCUCCUUCUGUCAAUGAAAAAAUGUGAUAGCGACACUAAUCCAAACCCUACGACUUUGUUUGAGGACGUGUUUGAGAUCUUUCGGGUGAUCUCUGUGCUGAUUGGUCAAAACCUGGAGGGGGAAACGGUCAUUAAACACCCAACAGGCACCAUCUAUCAGAAGAGUAUACCAUCUGAGAAACUCGGCGAUACAGUCCUGGGUUCAAAGAAAGAUGGUGAAUUUGUCCAAAUGCCGCCAUUCAGAGCAUUGAGGUCUAAACUUAAUGGUCAGGGCAAUAUAAUUGCUCAGUUGGCCACAUUCUCAAACAAUCCCCAUCCGUCUGAUGACAACAUCACAGGAACUGUUUUCAGCAUCUUACUCAGCAAUGGCGUUUCAGACAUCAAGUUGGACAACCUGUCAGAGAUGAUAGAGAUCUAUCUGCCCCGACCAAAUGCUUCAGCAAUGACAAAUAGUACUGUCACACUGGAGAAGAAUAGAAAAGCACUGACUACACUGAAUGUCACUGACCCUAAAAUGACCAUAUUUAUAACUGUGGAGCCGAACACCAAUGCAUCACUGCUUCUGGUCUUGGCAUAUGGGUCACCUCCUAACUCGACCAAAGAAGGCAACACCACUGUCUUGAGCGCAGCAGGAGGCUACCGUUGGAUGAUAACUCCAGAGUUGUUACAGGGCACUGCUGGGGUCUGGUAUGUUGACAUCUCACUCUUUAAUUCCACCUGGGAGCCAGGCCUGACUCUCAGGAUCUCAACAUUUAUCACUAAGUGUAUGUAUUGGGACACAGCGAAGGAGAUCUGGAGCACUGGUGGUUGCGAGGUGGGUAUGGAAAGCACUCCAGAGCUUACCCAGUGUCUGUGUAACCACCUCACUCUGUUUGGGAGCUCCUUCUUUGUGAUGCCCAACCAUGUAGACAUAACCCGCACAGCAGAGUUGUUCGCCACUGUGACAAAGAACUAUGUGGUGUUGGCAUUGCUGUGUGCUUUCUUUGGCCUGUACCUGGUGACUCUGAUGUGGGCCUGUUAUGCAGAUCGCAAGGCUCAUUCUAAGCGAACAAUCACCCUACUGGAGGACAACCACCCAGGUGCCCAGUACAACUAUCUGGUCAGUAUCCAAACUGGACAUCGCAAAAAUGCUGGGACGAGUGCAAAUGUCACAGUGAAGCUGAUUGGUUCAGAGGCAGAGAGCGACACACACAACCUCACAGAUCCUGACAAACCAGUGUUUGAGAGAGGAGCUGUUGAUAUGUUCUUGUUGGCAACCCCGUUCCCACUGGGCGAAGUGCGAAACCUCAGGCUGCAGCACGACAACUCCGGAGGUCACCCAUCAUGGUACAUAAAUAAGGUGACCAUUCAGGACCUUCAAACCCGGUACGUGUUUCACUUCUUCUGUGACUGCUGGCUGAGUGCUGACCGAGGAGACGGCAUGAUGAAGAAAACCUUUAAUGCGGCGAAGAACAAUGAGAUCGCCAGCUUCAGGAAUAUUUUCCAGAGCAGAACGUCGACCGGCUUCAGGGAUGAACACAUCUGGGUGUCCAUAGUGGAUCCACCCUCACGGAGUCCAUUCACUCGUGCCCAGAGGGUCUCCUGCUGCAUGAGCCUGCUCCUCUGCACCAUGGCCAUCAAUAUUGCCUUUUGGAACAUUCCUAUAAACGAGAGUUCACCAAUCCUCCUGUCCAUCGGUUCAAUACAAAUCACCUGGCAGGAGAUCAUGGUAGGAAUUCAGAGCGGCCUCCUCAUGUUCCCCAUCAACAUUCUCAUCAUCACCAUUUUCCGUAGCAUCAGACCUCGCAUACUCUCAAAACAACACAAACAAAAAGGGGAUGUGACACCUCAGGCGGUUUCGGUACCAACCAUUUUAAAGGAUACAGAGGAGGUGAUUUCUAUAGUGAGCAGAAGUCCGAGGAAUAAGAUCUCAUUAACAAACCGACUGGUGUCCACCUUUGACCUCUGCCCUGCCCUGGAGAACAUACAUGAAUUCAUUCAGAUCAUGCAAGGGGAGACUAUUAGUGACACCCACUGGGUGUACUGCAGCAAGUUCCUCCUUUGUGGACUGUGUCACCUCCUGUUUUGCCUGGAGAAACUGGAAGGAAGGAACUUCCUGACUUAUGAGUACCAUCAUGUCCUCAGCAUCACUAACCUGCUGGUUCGCAAAUGUGAAAUGGUGUACAGCAGCCACCUGGCCUACUGUCCACCUCCUCCGAAGAAAAAGAAGAAGAGGAGGACAGGGUCCUGCUGGCUGCCCUGGUGGUGUGUGUUCCUGGGCUGGUUCCUGCUGUUGUCCAUCAGUGGAGUGUCCACAUUCUUCACUCUGCUCUAUGGAUUUGAGUACGGAAAAGAAAAGUCCAUUAAGUGGGUCAUGUCUCUGGGCCUCUCCCUGUUUCAAAGCAUCUUCAUACUGCAGCCUCUAAAGGUGAUAGGCAUCGCUGUGUUUUUUGCUCUGCUGCUGAAACCUGUUGCUAUGGAGGAGACUGAAGAAAUUGAGCAAGUGCUGCUGGCACAACAAGACAAGUGUAGACGCUACUCUGGCAGAGAUACACUGUGAGGAGGCUGCAUUUAGCAGGAGAAGCUGUCUUCUCCAUCGGACACAAUCCACAGCAUCCUUACUUCUUAGACACUCUUUUGCACGUAUUUGAAGUUUUACCUCUGAAUAUAAAAUUUCAUAACACUUUAUGAUGUUUUGUAUGUGAACAGAAUUGUCUGAUGCUUGAGAGGAUUUCCUGCAGUGGCAAGUCAGAGUAAAUACCUGUGUGGCUCUUCUGAUUGUUGCUUUCUCAAACCAUUUAUUAUACAUGAUAAUGUAUGCAUAUAGGAAGGAAUAUGUGGAUCUGGAUGUGAAUUUUAAACAACCUUUAUUGUUAUUGUCAACAUAGAAAACUGACAUUGCAUGCAAUGCAGUUAAAGCUUUGAGAUGCAAUGAAGCAUGUUUGGAUGAGUCCUGUCGGGAGCUCUGAGUUAUUUUAAGACUGAAAAAUGGUCCUGAAUUUAAUUAAGUUGAAAAUAGUUAAUGAAUAAUGAAAUAAAAGCACUCCAAACCUAUUAAAUGCCUGUAAAACAUCUGUAAAGUAUAUAGAUGUGCUUGCUCUUCUUUAAUUUUUUAACAAUCUUCAGCCCAAAACUCAGAGCAUAAUUACCUCCGCCAAGGAGGUUAUGUUUUUGCCAGGGUUUGUUUGUUUGUUUGUUUGUUUGUCUGUCCGUUAGUGUGCAACAUAACUCAAAAAGUUAUGGACAGAUUUGGAUG